UAAAACACGGUUGUGUUCGUUCCAACCAGACCACAUUUAAUUGCGUCCAGCAGCUUUUGUGGUGUGAGCGCGAGGGACUGGCAUGAUCUUGGUCCUGCCGCACGUUUAUUUUAUGUACAUUUCGCGCACGUCACUCAUCUAACUCACGGGCCGCUACGCAUGGUGCGCGCAUUACUGAUAAGCCAGCAAUUCGCCAACGAGGGUACGUUGCAGAUAGGGCCAAAGGUGCUUACCAUGUUUACCGUGGUGAUUUUGAAUAAUCACAGUCUCCCCGUGAGCCACGGGCCAUGCUCGUACCGUACUCUCAGUUACAAAUCGACACCGCGUGACGACGGCCGCAACAAUCUGCUCCGCUGCGAGCCCAUAUGAAGUGGAAAACCCGUCUUCCUUCGUCCAGCUUCCAUGUGCGUAAGGUGCUAGGUCCUCCGGUAGGUAUCAGCAUGGUGUUUACGGUGGAAAACGGGAAAACGUCACCACAGCAGCAGCAGUCCGAUGGGCACAGUUUUGACGAAGCACUCGAGCAGGCCGGAUUCGGGCGGGUUCAGAUCGUGCUGGUGAUCCUUUCCGGGCUCGGCAUGAUGUCAUCGCUCAACGAGGCUAUGGGCAUGAGCAUCAUCCUGCCCGCUGCCCAGUGCGAUCUGGAUCUGGACGCCGGACAGAAGGGCAUCGUUGGAGGGGCCGUUUUUCUCGGAACCAUGUUUUCAUCUUACUUCUGGGGUUACCUGGCGGACACGAAGGGACGCCAGGUCGUCCUGAAGUACGCACUGUUUGGCACAUCGUUUUUCGGGGCCAUGUCCUGCCUGGCGAGUGGGUUCGUGUCGCUACUGGUCCUGCGGUUCCUGACGGGCGUCUGCGUGGCCGCACCCGCCUCUACGGUGUACGCCUAUCUGGGCGAGUUCACCACGCCGAGCAGACGGAGUCAAAUGCUGUCCUUCGCAUCCGUCUGGGGUGGCGUGGGCAUUAUCUACGUUUCGCUCGUCGGCUGGUGGAUUCUCUCGUACGAUUGGGUCAUUCCGAUCGGUGGAUCGUACGAGUUUAAGCCGUGGCGACUGCUGUUCAUCGUCAACACGUUACCUGGGUUUCUGAACGGUAUUGCGUUCUGCUUCUGUCCCGAAAGUCCCAAGUUCCUGCUAUCACAGGGCCGCAGCGAGGAAGCGUUGGAAGUGCUCAGGAUGAUUUACCGACUCAACCACCGGUCCGGCCCGGCAGGGGCCACGUACAGCGUCACGAAGCUCCGCCUGGAUCCAGAAGACGCCACCGCAAGAGACAACCAGGGCAAGCCGGGUUCGGGAGGCCUGUGGCGUUCGAUUAAGGACCAGACCAUUCCGAUCCUGAAAUUGCCCUUCCUGUUCUACUUUAUCAUUUGCUGCGUGCACAAUAUCGGAGCGUUUGCAAUAUACGGUGGGCUUGGGCUGUGGUUCCCGGACAUAAUGAAUCAAAUCUACUCUCAGGGCAGCAACGCUACGGAACUGAAAGUGUGUGACAUACUGCAGAACGACGCCACCAAACCGAUCGUUACCGAGUUCGAUAAUCUCUGUAAUGAUGAGGUGCAGUUCGAAACGUUCCUUUACACCAUGGUGCUGGGCAUCUUCGGGGCUGGCUACGCGCUAAUCACCUCGGCCAUUCUGGGUCGCUUCAACCAGAAGGUUAUGAUGGUGUUCAACUGCAUUGUGGCCGGUGUCUGCGGAAUUGCGCUGCAGUUCAUCAGCAACUCCUACACGGUCUCCAUUUUCUUCUGCCUGGAGAUAGUAUUUGCCGGGUACUGUGUGCUGCUCGUUAACGCGAACGUGGUUGAAAUUUUCCCCACAAACGUCAGAGCGAUGGCCGUCGCACUGACGAACAUGGUUGGGCGUCUGAGCUGUUUUGUGGCGAGCGCCGUCAUCGGUCUGCUGAUGCUGCAAAACUGCCCGAUCACGUUCUACAUGCUCUCCGCGUUGCUGUUUCUAUGUGCGGCCUUAACGUUUUUGUUGCCGAAAAAGUGAUGCCCCAUCCUGCACGGGGCAACGUACUUAAUCAUAUUUUCGCUGUGUAAAUAAAUUCAUAUUGUUCGUAGUCAUCGCCGUCA